AUGUUCAAUAUAAUCGUUGUUAUUUUACAGAAAAAUUCUCUGGUCACUGUACCGGUAAUACAGGACGGUGACUUUGUUUUGCCGGGCAGUCAUGCAAUCAUCGUAUACUUGGUUCGAGAAUACGGCGGAGAAGACAAUCCGCUGUACCCUAAUGAACCGAAAAUUCAAGCGCAGGUCAACCAAAGACUGUUUUUUGACAGCGGCAUCUUUUAUCCGGCUUUUAAAAAUCAAUACAACCCAUAUAUUUACCAUACAAUAGAGAAAACCAAAGAAACAGAGGAUAAAAUGCACGAAUCUCUCAUGUUUUUAGAAAAUGUUCUGAAAGAAUCUACUUGGACAGCCGGUGAUUCAAUGACUGUGGCCGAUUUCUCUUUGGUCGCUUCCAUUUCGACCUUACAGGUUUUGGGCGUUGACUUGGAGAUGUACGACUUUAUAAAUGAAUGGUUUAUAAGGUGCUCGAAAAUAAUGUGCGAAUACGAAAGGGCUAAUCAAGUGGGAAUCGAUUUAACCAGAACUCUGUUAAAAUAUUCUCGUGAAGCAUCAGAAGAUUUAAAUGAUAUUUAUAGUCUAUAA